AUGUCUGGGAGUGAUGGGGCAGGGCGCUGGGCUCGACAUAUCGGGUUGCGGCAGUAUAGCGAGCGCGAAGGAGGAUUGGUCUUUUUUGGCUACACGGAAGAUAUCAACUCCAAGCAAUCGUUUGCCUACAACUACGUUCCUAUCAUCGUGGCCCUCGUGCUCGUCGUGGUGUGGACCGUCACUGAUUUCGAUGUCCUCCGCCUGGAACCAUACUUUCAGUUGUCCCGACCCGAGGGAGCGCCGGCGACCGUUCUCUUCAUCAACUACAACUUCGGCCAAACGAUUGUCACUCCGAUCCAUGCUGCACUACGUCGCCACUGGGUGGUGCUGUGGGUUUCCUUGGUCACACUCUCGAUCAGAAUGAUUCUUCCCGCUUUACAGAGUACGGUACUUGAGCUACGCGAGGUGACGGUGGUCGACUAUGAUACCGUAAAAAGCUGGCCCAACUUGGUGGAUCUAAACACACAAGCGAACUGGAUCUCAACGCAAGCCAACAAUACUAUUGAUGACGUGCUUUCCUCGGAUGGGCAAUUGCACCGGUCCCGGUCCUCUGAGUACGCCGUGGGGCCUGUGGAAAUACCCGAUAGCCACCAAGAUGAGAGCAUAAUAUGGACUCUUGAUCAGACGCUGUAUUGGGCAGAACUUGCGUGUCAGAAUGUUCCCAUUAGGGACAGUCUCACCGUUGCGAUCCAUGAUCCUGAGGCGGCGUAUCCAACAAUUUCAUGGAAGGCCAGUGGUAUUGAUCUGGAUGAUGCAUAUGGAGGCGCCACAAAAUGCGCCCUUGAUUUUCAAUACGAGAGUAUCUUCUUCCCUGCCACCGAUUACCUGCAGAUACGGUAUUGGGAGCCGAUGAUCAGUGCUGCUGCCAAAGAAGCAUUUCCAAACAGAACCCAGGCCUUCACGGGAUUUGGCUGCGAUCCGUAUGAUCUAUAUGGUAUGCUCAUCGGAGUCAAUAUGGCCAGUCCACCCUCGAAUCCGACCUUGAGUGAGUACUCGGCGUCCGGUGUGGCCUUUGCUUGUGAUAUCAUCUAUCACAAAGCGGAGGGUCGCGUGGCCAUGCACUCCAACAGCUCCAUAAUAUCUAUCGAUAUCGAUCGAGCCACCGAACGUAAGCUCACAAAGGCCGAAUUCAACAUUGAACACUUCCAAGCUCUGCUCUCUCAACGCGCUCCGUUCACUAGUGACAUGAUCUUCAUCCGGGAGAAUGCCACCACUGGGGCUCGCAUGGUGACUGAACUCCCUAUCAUCAGCCAGGAUCUAGGCGAUAUACAGCCUGUGCUGGUACUCGACACAUCGACCACGAUGACAGAGACCGAAUUUGAAAACAAGAUUGAGCGGGAUGUCAAGCAGGCCUUUGUGCUCACGCUCGGCCGGCUGUUCGACCCCGAUAGCACACCAAAGAACCUUGCCGCCUCACGCAUGUCGAACCAGGUUGCUAUCGCCGUCGUUAAAUUUGCGGCCCUGUGGUCUGAGCUCAUUCUUGCCCUGGCCACGUUGACCGCGGUGUACCUCCUUUACAUGUAUAGUUCCCGGGAACUGUUUCUCCAAAGUGACCCAGGAUCCAUUGGUGCCAUGUGCAGUAUCGCCGCUGAUAUUUUUCACCCAUCCAACAUCCUCGCAGAGCCAGUGGCGGAAUUUCAUCAAUUCUCCACGCGGCAACUUCGUCGUAUCUUCAGAAAGGCUCGAUGUUACUGGCGAGCAGGCCCUUCUGGCAACAGGCUGGAGAUCCUCGCCGAAGAUGGCUCCCCUGUCCAGCUUGGAGAGAACCUCCGAACCCGUGUUGAUCCGAUGCCUCACUUUCUGGUAAUUCCUUUCUUUCUUAUUGAAUUCUUGGCGCUAGCUGGGGUCAUUAUCCUCAUCGGACUAGUGGUCUCAUCUUUAAUGCGAAACGGCCGCUUCAGCGACAUGACCCAAUCCGACUCGAGCGCGUUCCAAGUCGUUCUAUCCUUCCUACCCUCCGUUGUCGCAUCGUCCGUGGGAGCUCUAUGUACCUCCAUUCACCGGAACCUCAGUGUUUUGGAACCCUGGGUCCACCUGCAACGCGGCAACGCCUCUGCAAAGACGUCGUUAUCAUUAAACUAUUCGUCGCAAAGUCCGUUCGCCAUUUUCUUCAAGGCAGUUCGCGACCGGCAUCUCUUGCUGGGUCUUGUAUCAAUUGCAUGCGUCGUGAACAUGGCGUUAACUGUCGUUGCGGGUGGGCUUUUCACUCAACAAUUGACAACCUCAACAUUAGACACCAAAGAUUUGUCGAUGAAUUACAGCCAGUCUAUAUUUUGGCAGACCGACUUCGCCGCAGAAUUCACCGAGUAUGAUCUAAUUCAAACUAGCAUCAGCAGCGGAGUCCCUAUGCUGUCUUGGACUAGCCCCAACCAGUCUUUCGUCCCAAUCCACGUGACCAAUCGUAACCCGGAUGUGAUUUACGGCGCCUCAACGCUUGGUGUUGGAGCUGAGCUCAAGUGUCAGCCCCUGUCAUCUGACGCUCUUGUCCAUGAUAUAGCCAAUGGUCACCAGCAUUGGCGAUAUAAACUAUUUGAUAAUUCGUCCAUGGAAUGCAUGGCACGCAUGCCACCGCUGAAGAGCAAAGAAGAAGGAAUUUCGCUAUCCAUUCACUUCUUGUCCCCAGAUGAUGUCGAUGAAUCGGACAUUUGCCAGACGUCGACCGUCCUAGUUGUCGGUCGCUGGGAUUAUUUGGCGGACACCGCAAUCACGGAUGACAACACAAUUGCAUUACAUUGUGAACCUCAGACAAGGCUGCAACACUAUUCUAUCUCUUUCGACCAGAAGGGACAGAUCUGUCGGCAUGAACCUGUUCCUAAAACAUCCAUCGCCUAUGGAACCAUGUACGACAAUGCAACCGUGAGUCUCGGUCAGUUCAACAAAGUUUUUGCUGCUAUUCCCAGCAGCUUUGUAGGCAAUACCACCAUGCAGAAUGGAACAUACAACAUUUCUUCCUACGAUUGGGCAGGCUUCCUUGUUGCUCGGCUCUACGAACGCGAAGACCCCAAUUUUGACGCCCUGGACGCAGAUCUUCUGACCAACAUGACCCAAACUGUAUAUCAAUGGGUCUAUAGCACUUACUUCUCACUUUGGCGCGAUAUUUAUCUCGAACCUCUUGCUCACGCAGUCCCGGCCACAAAUGCCACCAUCACCCGCAGUACUUGGCGCAUGGUUCCGUCAGUCCCAUCACUUUCCAUCGCUCUAGCUAUCAUUAUCUUCGACACGCUAGUUGUGCUUGUGGUGUUUGGAACACGACACGGACGGUUCCAGGGACCCAGAAUGCCACGCUCCAUUGGAGCCAUCAUUCCCUGGAUUUCGCACAGCCAAAUGCUUCCUGAUUUUGCCGAUACACACAAAUGGAGCAGUGCCGAACGGCAUGCCCAUCUCACAUCUCUGAACAAACGCUAUGGUUUCCGCAUGUUCAUGGGUGCUGAUAACCGCUGGAGGUUCGCCGUCGACCAAGAAGCAGAAAAUAACAACCCUCCCGAUUCCCCGGACGGCGCCACGGAAGUGGAAGUCGACAAGACUACCUCGAUUCAGCUACAGGAGAUCCGGCAUCUACCCUCUCCUCAGACGUGA